AUGCCAACUUACAGGCGCCUUGAGCUGAAUGGAAAACAUGUGCCACGUUGCGUUGUGGGUCGUUUGCGCGUCCCACAUCUUCAAACUGGUAGCGGAGCUGUGAUAGCAUCCCUGCGAAACUUCUACGACAAGCCAGCGACCCAGGUGAAAGACCGUGAGGACACUACGCCCAUGGCGCUGGACAAUCUGAGGUAUGGAAACUUCAGACCUACGACGGUGGUGCCUGAGGCGAGGAGUCUGCCGGGCUAUGGAGGACAAGUUGAGGAGUGGGCCAACUAUAAGUUCCAGGUGCAGGCCAUCGAGAUGAAGGAGUCACAGAUGAGUGAAGGUGAGAGGAAGAAGCUUGGAGGACUGGCUUUGAAGCUGACUGAGAGGCUCCAAGGGCCGGCUUUGCAGAUCGCAAAGACCUUGGGGAUCGAGGAGUUGGCAAAGCCUGAUGGAGUCACCAAGCUGAUGAAUGCCCUGGAGACAGACCUACUACCACUACGCCGACAAGCCGCAGUGGAGCUCUACCAAGCCGGAUCUAUGCCUGGCUUGCUGAGCCGACAGAACGCCGAGCCGAUGGCAUCAUAUGUGCUGAGAAGGGAAGCUUGGUGGAACCAGUUGACCGAGCUUGACAAGGAGGUCAAGUGCAGCCAAGCGAUCUUAGGAGAGCAGAUGCUGACACAGAGUGGACUCACGUCCAUGGAGCAGCAACUGGUGAGAUCGGUGAUGAGCAACGAUCUCAGCGACCUCAAGAAGUUGGCAGCAACGCUGAGAGACCAAUUCGGAGCGGUACAUGACAGGGAGAAGAGAAAAGGCAAAGGAGAUCACAAAGGCCGAUGGGGCUGGGGACAACGAAGUUCCUACAUGGCGGAGUCCUAUAUGGCUGAGGAUGAGAACCCUGUUGUGGCCGACGAGACCCUUGAGAAUGCCGAGUAUGAUGAGGAGCUCUACGAUGAGAACUAUGAGGAGAUGCCAGAAGGACCUGAGGGGACACAGCUGGAAGAGGACAUCGUGGCAUGGUACGCAGACCAAGGUAUCCAUGCACAGACGUGCUCAGCUGAGGACUUGGAGUUGAUCUACGACACUGUGGAGCACGAGACAGCUGCGUUCUACUCGAGGCAGCAGGCAGCUCAUCGAGGCUACUCAGUUCCUGCGAGCAACAGCUUGUACCAGUCCAACAACAACCAGACACCACAGGAGAGGCAGGCCAAGGUUUUGGCUGCGAAGCAGAGGACGAGGUGCAGAGCUUGUGGACAGCAGGGACACUGGCAACGAGACUGGAUCUGCCCGAAGAGAAAAGGAGGAUUCAAAGGCAAAGGCAAGAACAAGGACAAGGGCAAGGUUCAGAGCAAGGGGAAGAACGAUGGCAAAUCAUCGCCGAGCUCUACGAGAUCGACAUCGGGAUCACCAAGCAAGCCCAGGGUUGUCUACUUCUCAGUGAGAGACAGCCACCAGGAAGAACCCUUUGCGGGGAUGGUUCAUCGCUAUGAGCCUUCCGGUCCAGGGAACCCAGGAUUGGAUGAUGUAGAUCAGAGAAGACUUGAGGAUGAGGUGCGAAGGCUGAUGACCUUGCCAUCAGAGAGGUUGCAGCAGGAGUUCCAACAGGAGCUAUACUACAUGCCACCACAGAGCAAGGCAGCAGCACGACCACCUUCAGGAAGUCUGGUUCCUGAUCUGAUGAUGCAGAUGCAUCACCCCAAGUCGCCUGGCUUCUACGUGCAUCAGGCGAGAGGAUCGACUGAGGAGACUAUGGAAUUCUCAGCUGGCGAAGUGCCAAUUCCAGAGACACCUAGAGGAGAGGACUGUGGACUGGUGAUGCACAAGGAGAAGAAGUCACCAGUGACCAAGGACAUCAGCAUGAGGCAGAUUGAUCCGCAGGUGUGUCAACACCAUGAUGUGUCUUGGAAAGGAUCCAACGGGUACCAAUGGGUUUGGACAUGCCCGGACUGUGGAUGCAGCGACAAGGUCAAGAGGAAUCCAGGAGAUGAGAGGCCGAUUCCUGCAGCAGGAGUUCCAUCAUCCACCAUGAGAUCUACCACCAGGACACUGCCGAAGGCAACUACACCUAUGUCGUCUCCACCAACGACGCCACUGAGGACCUCUACGUCGACAAUGCAAGAUGCAGUGUUGUUCACAUCUGAGGAUGAGUGGACGACAUGCCGAGAUCUUUUGGAUCGUAUGGUUCGACUCCACAUCAAUGCCCACAACUCCAUCACCAAGCAGGAGUUCAUGCAGAUCGUCAACGCUGUUUCGCUUUGCUGUGCAGCACAACUUCAUCGAGCUGUACCACUUCUACCUUCAGGACAAGGUCACGUGGGAACACCUGGAGGAGCAUCCAUCUCAACGGCCAGAAGUGAGAACAGAGACGAAGGUGAUCGACUGUUUGACUUCGGCAAGUACAAGGGACGAAGCUUCAGAUCGGUCUACGACAACGAACCUUCUUAUGUGAACUGGACGUUGGACGAGAUGCAGAAGGGCGAAGGCUACUGCAAGGGCAUGAGAAGAUGGCAAGAGUACAUCAAUGUGAAGAGAGCAGAAGAGGAGUCGAAUCCACCGAGAACACCAACAGCCUACAUGGUCGUCGAUGUCGAGGAGAUUGAUGAGAAUGACGAUGUGGCAAUGUGGGUCAACACAGAGGACGAGGAAGCGACCUACAUGUUCCUUGACUCAGGUUGCAACCAGACCUGUCAUGGGGAGCUGUGGAUGAAGAGGUUCAGCAAUGUGACAAAACAUCAUCCACAAUGGCUACAUCGACAGACAACCGAGCUCAACGGCAUCGGAGGACGAUCGAGGACGCUGGGAGAAAGACUUCUCUAUGUCAUGCUGGAGAACAACAAUGGAGAAGGAGUUCCAGGAGAAGUCACCAGCAUGGAAAUCGAGGGAUCGAAAGCACCAAUGCUUUUGAGCCUUCCUUCACAAGAGGCUCUUGGAUUGGUCGUUGACUUCGAAGAUUCGACCAUCUACAGCAAGCUGUUGAACAUGACCUUCAAGGCAGUUCGAGGCAAAAGGAAUCGCCUUUUGGGCCUCAAGAUCACCCCAGCCGAGUUCGCGGAGAUGAAUGUGGCACCGGUUGAAACCGUUGCAAUGAUGGCUGAGUCGAGUGAGGGCUCUGACAAGAAGCCACCAUGGAGGACUUCGGAUGAGGGAGAUCAGAGAGGAGUGCCCAAGGCCAGAGCAGCACCCAGCGAGAUGCUGACCAGAAUUGCACCGGAUGGACAACGCUACACAUCUGAGGUGCGAGUAGUUCCAACUCGAGCAGCAUCAUCUUCAGCAAGACCAUCUGAGGAGAACACCGACAAGGAGGAUGAUGACGUGUGGGUUGAGGUCGAAGAAGAGGAGGCAUCACAACCCGCUGGGACGACACAGAAUGAGACAUGGGAUCGAGAUGAAACAGAUGACGCACCACUGGAGGAGCAGAUCUUGGAUGAGCCAGAGGAAGAAGGUCAGCCAGAAGGAGAACUAUCUCCGAAGGAGAAGGACGUUUUCCGACCAGAAGAUGAGGAGACUGACUGGUGGGACAUCCAGGACAAUGAGAUCAUCCGACACCAUGUGCAGCCACGGACUAUGCCGUUCUACCCAACAGGAAGUCGAAUGGAUUUACCCGUCGACUUGAUGAGGCUUGCUGGACGAAGAGUGACCUACAAGCUCUUCGAGGAUGGGAACACGGAGACCGUGAAUGACAACUGGAAGGAUCGACUUCCAGGACAGUACGUCAAGGAGCGAUCGGAGGCAACAACCUUUGAGAAGGCACCUCCUGGACUUCACGUCGUCCGGAGGAUCACCUACAACAUGGAGAAUGGAGAAGAGAUCGCUGACGAGACUGAGUAUGACCUCAUGCAGGAGGGACGAGAAGAAAGACCACUACCCAACGGAGUCACCUACAUCAGGACGAGAUUCCACGUCUUCGAGGACUUUGAGGACGAGAGUCCAUGGAUUGGAACUACCACGUUCCGACUCAAGCCUUUGGAGACGGAGUUGGCCGACUAUGUCAUGGACCCCAAGGACACCAAGCGCACCAUGACCAAGGGCCAGCGGAAGCAGCUGGAACAGGAGGUUGAGAACCUGGAGGAGAAAGACAUGGCGCUUUGGUCUGUCCUGACCAGGAGAAAAGCUUUCUUGCCCAUGCGCUGGAAGAUUGUCUUCGAGUUGUUCUGCGGAUGUGCCUUGUUGACAAGGAUGUUUCAAGCAGCUGGCUAUGAAACCUGCACACCGCUGGACAUGAACAACGGGUGGAAUGUCUUCGACCCGAAGCAUCGAAGAUGGGCAGAGGACAUGCUGGAUCGUGAGAACCCGUACCUUCUCACUGUGGCAUGGCCUUGUGGACCCUGGUCACCAUAG